UGCAGUGCUACAGUUCACUCGUACAUUCGCAGCAGAAGUGUCAAUGCUCUUUGAGCUUUGGCAGUCGAAUCACCUUUACUUUAUUGCACUCAAGGCACAGCAAAUCAAAAAACAAAACCCAACCAAAUGGACUACGGCUACAGGCUGGAAUACAUGAAGAUCUUUUUUGUUCUGUAAAAAAGUGAAGGCACUUUUUUAAUGACUCUUCAAAGUACUUUGUCACCUGGACUAAUUUCAACCAAGUGUUUCUCCAACGGUUUGUUUUCUUCAAACCAUCUAGGAGAUCUUCAAGACAUCCGCUGCAUGAACAUUUGUUUUUCUUUUUUUUUUUACCUCUAAAGGGGGAAGAUGUAUUCUUUAGGAUGAAUGAUGGUGAAGUUAAAAGGAAUCAUCUGUUGUGUUCUUGAAGACACUGUGAUAAUUUACGAUCGCUCGGAUAUGUCUGUGUCAAAUCAAGCCUUGGUCUAAAGGAUCUCCUGCGAACUCCUGACAAAGAAACCAUCUGUGUAUGAACUCACAUGUUCGGGGCCGUAAACGUGUAUCAGGAAUGCCAUUUUACUCGUUGCUUGGACUUGUUCACUUUUUAAACAUCAAAAAGAAGAGUUAGCUUUUAGUCUUGUAGGUUCCUUUCAACUACUGUACAAAGAUGCAAAACACGACUGAUUCUUCAAAUCUGAGUGGGAAUAUAGACAAGACAGAUUACAGAUUGCUGGUACCUGUUGUGAUCAUUGUCAUCAUCAUCAUCUUGGGCAACCUGAUGGUCAUCAUUGCAAUCACACGGACAGCCGUGCUCCAGACUGUAACCAACAUCUUCAUCAUGUCAUUGGCAUGCGCCGAUCUCAUCAUGGGGAUUAUGGUGGUACCACUGGGAGCCACUAUAGUCAUAACAGGUAACUGGCAACUCACUAAAACAAUGUGCAGGUUAUGGACGUCCGUGGACGUCCUAUGCGUUACUGCCAGCAUUGAGACACUGUGUGCAAUCUCAGUCGACCGAUACAUUGCGAUCACCAAACCCCUACGGCACAAGGUGCUGCUUAGCAAGUGGCGCGUUCGACUGAUUGUAUGCUUGGUGUGGGUUGUGUCUGCUCUCACCUCAUUCCCCUCCAUCAUGACGGACAUUUGGCAUGCUGAUGAUCUGAAAGCUAUAACUUGCUACAACAGUACCAAUUGUUGUGAUUUCAUCACGAACACAGGUUUCGCAAUUAUAUCAUCAGGCAUUUCGUUUUACAUCCCUCUGGUCAUCAUGAUCUUCGUCUACACCAAUGUGUUUGUCAUUGCUACGAAACAGGUGCAGCUAAUAGGGAAGAGUCGGCAGCGUUUCCAGAACGUAAAUGCAACCACCAAUGGCAACAACAACCUCCCAUCGAGCGCGAGCAGUAGCAGUCUUACAUCAGGUAGACGAAAAUCCACACGACGAAGACCGUCCAAAUUAAGUGUGGUGAAAGAGCACAAGGCCUUGAAGACACUGGGUAUCAUCAUGGGAUGCUUUACUCUCUGCUGGCUGCCCUUCUUUGUAGCCAACAUCAUUGACACCUAUAAUCGUGAACUGAUACCAUCAGAUGUUUUCAGAUUAUUGAACUGGCUCGGCUACAUCAAUUCGGGCCUCAACCCCAUAAUCUACUGCAGAAGUAAAGAAUUCCGUACAGCCUUUAAGAGCCUUCUAGGAUGUCCCUGGCUGCAAAUGCCCAGCAUGAACUACCUUUAUAAGGAGCUCAGGACUCGAUGCCCGUGUUUCCUUGGUUUGACAGAAACAGGCAUGAACGGAGCUUUCCAAAAGCCUGUUAGCUCACGAGGGACAAGGCCAGAUUUUGUGCCGCAGGAAGACGGGGAAGAAAGUCUAGGAAGCAGUCAGAGUAGCUACAGGAGUGAAAAGUCAUCACCGGGACCUGUACGCUCGAAUGGCAGCACACACUUCAGUGAUUUCUCAGAAAUGGAUAAUGAAUUGUCCUCGGAUACAGAUGCUACGUGUCCGUGUCCUUGUUGGAGUGCUGUAAUAUAAUUACACCUUACAGGGGCUGGGAGAAUGAGACGAGAAUCAGCUGAACUGAAAGACAAAGCGAAAGAAAGAAAGAAAGAAAGAAAGAAAGAAAGAAAGAAAGAAAGAAAGAAAGAAAGAAAGAAAGAAAGAAAGAAAGAAAGACGCAAAAAGAGAGAGACGAAUCAUUUCAGCUGAGAUUGGAUAAACUUUCUGGCCGGACUGCAAAGAGCCACAAAAGCAACCUUACAAAUGACUGCGUUGAAAUACACAAACAAGAUAAACCAAAUGGGAACGGCUGAUCGGACGGUGGCACGCACAGAGACGGUGCACGCACAACAGCGGAUGGACAGCAGGGAGUGCGUCCAGGCUGCUAUUACUCUUGGCCUUUAGGGAAAAUAACUGGAUUAAACCAGUUAAGAUGGGCCAGUGUGAUGGACAACAAUCUAUAAGGGUUUGGUGGAAGCCAAGUUGGAUCCGGAGUAGUCUCUAAGCACUCCGAUAUUCUCACAGGCCGACUUCGUUCCAGCAAGUUUAUAUCUUUCACAAAACAAAGACUUGGAAAAAAAAAACACUGAUGGCGCACAAACCACCUACAGACUUUUUUUUCUUUCUUUUCUUUUCUUUUCUUUUGGAAGCACAACGGAUGUAAUCUGUUAAAGAAUACAGAGAGUAGUGGUUGAAAGCAAAUUUUGUACUUCAUGUUAAAUUAUUUCCUAUUUAUUUGUUAUCCCCAAUUUUACCUGUGAAUGUGCUAAAGAGUUUAUCAGAACGAUACAUCUAAUGUUAUACAGGUUCACGUCUGUUCACCGACAUGUACAGCUAAUAGUAUGGUAGCUAAUGUUUUUUUCUUCAGUUCGUCCUUUGUAAAAGUCUUUUAUAAGCUGCAAACCCCAUGUGCACAAAAACUCAACACUUUGGCUCACAUCUCCAAAAAGAAAAAAAAAAUCCAAAUGAAUUCAUCUUUUCAUUCACUUUCAGAGCUGCUAACGUCUUUUUAAUUUUAUUUCUGUCAUAGACAAAAGACUGAUUAAUGUGUAUCGGUCGUCUGAUCCCUAAGGCAUGACGCACGAUAUUAUUCUGUAUUAUACAUUUUUUAUAAAUAGCUUUUCAUACUCCCAACAUAGAAUAAUUCUAACAUUGAAAGAAAGAAAAAAAACAAGCUAGGAAGAACAGAUUAUGCUUUUUCUAAUGUAACGUGUUGGUGUUUCAUUAUCAGGUGCAAUUGCUGAGGAUUUCAAUUUCCGCAAAGGAAAGUAACCCGAAAAGGAAAAUGAAUAAUAAUAAUAAUAAUAAUAAUAAUAAAUGUAUUAAAUGCAAUGACGGACACAAUAACUGUGGAUCUCAGGAUAUUUGUUGUGGCCUCUGAUACAGUUCUGUUUCUUUUUUGUUUGUUUGUUUGUUUGUUUUCAGAGGAAUCAGUCGGUAGCAUCCAUACUGCUUUUUGAGCUCUGUACAUAAUUCCUUGUUCACUGUGAUUUUCUUGUAACAUUAACGAGCAGAUUAAUAACAGGAAAUGUGUACUAAAUAAAUAAAUAAAUAAAUAAAUAAAUAAAUAAAUAAAU